UGCACCCGCCCCCAGUGACGAUGCCAUGGCCUGCGCCCCGUGACGCCGAGCUCCGGGCGGCGCUGUGACGGGGGCGGCCCGCGGGCAGCCAUGGGGAGCAUCUACAAGGAUUACUUCAACCCGGACAAGAUCCGGGACCACUACAACUACACCAAGGGGAUGACAGAGAAGCAGCAGACCCCGGGGCGUGACGCCUUCUCCAUCGCCAUUGUCGUCCUGUGCUGCUUCAUCAUGCUGGAGAACCUGCUGGUGUUGGUCUCCGUCUACCGCAACAAGAAGUUCCACUCAGCCAUGUUCAUCUUCAUCGGCAACUUGGCCUUCUCCGACCUGCUGGCCGGCUUGGCCUUCAUGGCCAACGUCCUGCUCUCGGGCCAGCGCACCUUCAGCCUGACGCCGGUGCAGUGGUUCGUGCGGGAGGGCACGGCCUUCGCCACGCUGGCGGCCUCGGUCUUCAGCCUGCUGGCCAUCGCCAUUGAGCGGCACGUGGCCAUCACCAAGGUGAAGCUGUACAGCAGCGACAAGAACUGCCGCAUGGUGCUGCUGAUCGGGGCUUGCUGGGUGAUCUCGGUGGCCAUCGGGGGCCUGCCCAUCAUGGGCUGGAACUGCAUGGGCCGCCUGGAGGACUGCUCCACCGUCCUGCCGCUCUACUCCAAGCGCUACAUCCUCUUCGUCGUCACCGUCUUCACCGCCAUCCUGCUCUCCAUCGUGGUGCUCUACGGCCGCAUCUACUGCAUCGUCCGCUCCAGCCACGCCGAGAUCGCCAGCGUGCAGACCCUGGCCCUGCUCAAGACGGUCACCAUCGUGCUGGGGGCCUUCAUCGCCUGCUGGCUGCCGGCCUUCAUCAUCCUCCUGCUGGACACCUCGUGCGCCGUCAAGGCCUGCCCCGUGCUCUGCAAGGCGAACUAUUUCUUCGGCUUCGCCGCCCUCAACUCGGCCAUGAACCCCGUGAUCUACACGCUGCGCAGCAAGGACAUGCGGAAGGAGUUCCUGCGGGUGCUGUGCUGCUGGGGCGUGGCGGGGCGCGGCAAGCCGGCCGAGCGCUGCAUGGUGCCCCUCCGCAGCUCCAGCUCCCUGGACCGCUGCACCCAGAAGCAAGACCUGCCCACCUCGCCCAUCCUGCGGGAAUGCACCACCUCGGUGUGAGGCGCUGCAGGGACAGUGGGCGCUGAUCGGUACGAAGGGACCCGGCCCGGAGCCGGCUCUCCCGCGGGCAGACUGCCGGGGCAAGGCGGGCGGGGACUCACCAGGUACUGACAAUCUGGUUUGAGUGAUCCCGUCUUCCCGAGCGCCACCCACUCCUGCCGGGAUCCUGCCUGCUCCCAGCACGGCCUCACCCAACCCGCACGCCCACACCCACCUGGCGCGCGCCCGGGGGCUGGGCGGCGGCUGCCUGGCUCCAUGCACGCGGGCCCAGGGGCCUUUCCAGCGGAUGCUCCGCCCUGGUCUGCGUGCGGGUGAACUGCCACCUGCCCUGCUGGUACAGGAGGAGGGGGCGGCAGUGAGGGGCUUGCUGCAACAAGGCCGGCCAGGGGGCACGGAGGGGAUCUGGGCGCAGUCAGGACCAAGUCCCCACUGCACAUAUUUCCCCUCGCCAGCUGGUAGCGUCAGGGCACCAGGUGCCCCCCGCAUGGCGCCCAGCCCCGGCUCUGUGCGGCGAGCAGUCGCUGUUGUGGGCAGGGUGAACUGGGGUCCUGCUCCAGCGCCGCCCCCAGAUGCUCCUCUCCCCCAGGGGGGGGGCA